UAACGCGCAGACUCGAGAACACGCGUCUCUUUGCUGCUCUCGACUACGCAGGUACAAACAUUCCACACUCGAUACAUACCGAGUGUGGAUUCGCCUAAUACCAAAGUGUUUACAUAAUUGUUUAUUAUUUCAACUAGUGUUUCAUAUUGGGAAUCUUUAUCACAUCAAAAGUGUCAACAAAGAAAUUCAUCAACAAAGAAAAUAGUGUGCUAUCUGUUCAAACAAAUUAAUGUAUUCUUCAAUUAUUCGCGGGAUUAAAAAUUCAAAUAAUUAUGCGGAUAAUACCCAGUUGAAUUUGAUACUUAACAUUAUUCGGGUGUGCCUAAUAUGAAUAAUCAAUACAAGAAUUAUUUGAAACAAAAAGAUGUACAGGUUAUUUUAUAAAAGAAAACAAGUUACGUAAAAAGCAUAAAAAAAAAUUGGAUUAAUUUGAUAUUAUUCUUGGAAGUUAUACGAAUCAAUUGUUUUUUUUUGGAAUUUUUUUUUGUUCGACAUCCUUAUAAAGUGUAUAUUAAAUCAUAAUGUUCAACAGAGGAACAAUUAACAAAAAAUUGAAUUGAGAUUAGAUAAGAAAUGAUGUAGACGGUAAAAUUAAUAGUUGACAUGUGGAAACGAAGUUAAAGAGAAAUGGUAAUCGAUAAAUGUGAACAUACACUGUACAUAUAUUUGAACGAUACUGCAUUGAUGUUAAAGUGAAUAGUAGUAGGAGGAGGUGGUGGUAAAGAAGGAGGAAAACGAAGAGACGAAGUGAAGGGAGAGUUGCGAGGAAGGAAGGCGCGUACUCCCGUGUGUGUUCUUCGUGUACAUUAACCAUACCUGAACGACCUACAUAGUGCAAUAUAUGCUGCCCAUAGAAAUGCAACGACAGUGAAAAAAAAAUUGAGCAACAAGACGAAAGAAAAGAGAAUAUAUUUGAAAAUGGAUAUCUAAAAAGAUUCUUCUCGUUUAAAGGAAAAAGAAAAAAAAAAAAAAAGUUUUUCGGCUUUUAGAAUUAUUAUUAAAAAUCAUCUAAUAAUAAACAUUAUUUUUAUUUAUUUAUAUAUUAUGACCAAAUGUAUAAAAUAUUUUAUGAACGAGAAAGAAAUUGAUCAAAAAUUCCAGCUGUAAUGCAAACAUAUAAAUGUUAUAGAUUCACAGUCAUUUGAAUUGAAGAGUGUUUUAAUAAAUAAUAAAAAUCAACAGCUGUUUUAACACAUUGUAUGAAAUUGAUGGUAUCAUUGACACAUUCAAGAGAUCUCGGAAUAUUUUAUUUAUCCUAGAAAGUACUGAGAAAUCCCGGAAAAUAAACGUAAAGUACGGAAGGACUAACUGACGGGAAGAAAAAGAGAGUAUUUUUAGCAGUUACUCUUCUCCAGUAUAAACCGGUUUCGAACGUCCUGGAAGAGGAUUCGCUCUUCAACAUUUUUCAGAGGAUUUUAAAGAGUUAAAAAGCAUGUUAGCUAAAAAAAAUUAUCAAAUUCAACCACAAUAUUCUAAAUCAAUGGGAAAAUUAAAUAAAAUUAUUUAUAAACUAAGUAAUGCCUUACAAAUAUUUACCAAAAUAUAAAUUAUGAAUACUUAAGAAUCAGAAUAUUAUUUAUUCUCCAAAAGUUCAUUAAAUUAUUUCUCUGUGAUAAUUUAUUAACACAGUUGUGUUAAUAGUUACAAAGGAAUUCAGAAUUGUGACAACUCCUUCUAUUGGAGUAACUUUAACAAAAAAAAAAAAUACAAAGUAUAAUUAAAUGUAAUAUGAUUAUACCAGCUUAUUUAUUUUGAAGAUAAUAAAUGACUUUUAAUAAAAUCUCAAAAAAUAUUAACAGAGAAAAGAAGUUUAUUGUGUAAUUGAGUUCAAUGGAAUGAGGAAGAUUGUUGUGGCUAUUGGCGAGGUCGGUUAAGAGAAAGUUUUUUAUUUUGAUCUUGGAGACCUGAAGGCAACGUUAAGCUAAUCACUGGUUUUUUGAUCAGGAAUUUAAAUUUUUGGUUGGGCUAGUGUUUUACAGUGAACAAAAAAGACAAUAAUUGAAGACAAAGGCAUGAAGAAUGGCAGAUCCGAGAAACCGUCAAGAUGUACGUGGGAUUACGAUUCCAAGUGAUCCUCAACGAGGAAAACAACGUGCACUGGCAGCUCGAGGUGCUGCAGGCGCACUUUUACUUGGAGUACUUGCUGUUGUACUUCAAUCUGCAGCAACUGCAACUCCAGCUUGGGGAUACUUCACUACUCCCGAUGCUGGUCUGACGGCUGAAAAGGGAUACUUUGGUCCUUGGAGACAAUGCAAACUUCUGUUGUACAAUCGAGAAAGAUGUGGUACCAGUGUGUCCAGAUUUCAACCAGUCUUGGCAGUUUGGGUUGCGGGAAUAGCAGCAGCGAUCGCAUCUGGACUCCUGGCGAUUCUCGUGGUGUUGACAGUUUUCCAGCUUGCAAUGGCCUCUUCAGCGAAACGAGUUGUCAUAUCAUAUAGUACAGCUGUAAUUGGCAAAGUAGCGCUUGGAACAUUAGCUACAUGCCUAUCCAUAGCAGCGGCUGGUUUAUUUGCAUUGCAGACUGAUGAUCAAGCGAACAGUUAUGUGAUUACUAGAGGCGAAGCUUUUUAUAUGCAGUUGGCUGCUAUUGUCCUUAACUUUGGUGUCCUUGUGUCUUCUAUUUAUGAGGGUAUUUAUGCCAGGAAAGGUGGUGACCCAACAAGACUGAGAGAAGUUAUUGAUGUUCGUUCAGCAACAAUCAACAACCCAGGCUAUCGAGAGCAUAAUCCUACCAAUGGUGGCAACAUAUCUAUGACUGAUGCAAGUGGAAAGCCAUAUGCUAGCAGUAUUAGGAAUGGUUCCAUGGCAUCAGUAACAACGUCUGGAAGUAUUGGAAGCACCACAUCACCUUUAAGAAGUUCAUUAAAGAAGCCAAAACCUUUAGGUAUUCAGAAUCCAGGUUUUUCAUCGCACAGUCCUACUCUAUCAAGAAAUGGAUCACAAAAAAAAGUCAGGAUUCAAACGCAUUCUACAGAAGUAUAAAAAUGAUAUUAUUUUUUUAUAUACAUCUAUAUGAUAAAUAUUAUAGAACACAUUGUUAUAUUUAAAAAUAAUGAUAAUAGUGUGUUUUUUUUUUUUAAAUAUUUUACCAACUUUGCAUAAAAAAAUUGUCAAUACAUCUGAACAGAAUGUAUUGAAGAUGGAACUAAUCAAAACGUUGUGAUAAAAAAAAAAGCAGGAUAAUUUCUAUAUUUUAUUUGUUGGCAUUCAACAAUUAAUACUUGUCAAUGACAUUACAAUUCAUCAUAUAUAUAAAUAGAAUAUAAAUAAAUAUGAAUGCAAAAAAUAACAAAUUUUAUUGCAAAUUAAAAGAUUAUAUAUUGUAAUACAGUGUGAGUCUAUAAAAGAUAUAAUCAAGAAAAUUUGUAAACAUAGUUUAAAAGUUUCUAUUCUUUACUGACACUGUAUUAUAUGAUAGGAUAUAUUUAUUUGAAUCAAAUCUUAUAUAAAUUACGACAAAAUACUAAAGAAAAAGAAAUUAUGAAAAAAUUAUUUAGAAAUUUAUAUAAGUUGACUCAAAAAGUACUCACACUUUGUUAUUAAUGAGAGAAUAUUCCAAAUAUUAGUAGGAAUCAUUUUUGAAAUUAUUUUUCUUUUUAUAGACCAAUUUUCUAUCUUAUAAAAUAUAGGAAAACUGUAGAAAUGUAGGGCAUCAAUUAUUAUUGAUAUUAAAACAAUUAUCCGUCCAGCCCUCAGGCAGCUAAGUAUGAAAUAGUGUAAAAGAUAAAUAUAUAUAUAUAUAUGAAAUUGUUUUGUAUGUCUUUUGUGUUUAAAUAAAAAAUACUGAAUAAAUAAUGUCUAUCAAAGCUUAUAUUAUUUUAUUCGUGUGCACAAAGAUUAGGAAAAUAAAUUAUUUCUCAAUUGUUUAAAUAAUUGUAAAUCAAGUGAUGAAUAUAAAUGUUAAUUUAUAUUAUAAUUAUCGUGAUAGGUAUAAAGAGUUGUUCUUGUUAUCAAUGGAUCAAUAACUUUAUCAUAAUCGUUUAUAAUAAAUCUCUUAUAUCAGUCAAUCCCGAUUAUUUGUUACAGUAUAGCCAGUAUUUUGCUUUUCUAUUAUCGGGGAUUAUUGGAGCAGGUCUCGUUAGUACUUUUUAAUGAAUGUAGGUUUAUAUAAUUAUCAAUAAAAAGUUUAAAUAUCA